CGGCAGUCCGCUCCUCACAGCGAGCUGUGAGUACGACACGGCGGAUGUGCGGCGGCGGUGCAUUUGCCACCGGCCAGCGUGGGUGGGUGGGUGCCGGCCGCUCGCGCAGUGCCGCGACAGCCACCGCGCCGGCAUGUAGCGCGAGCAUGCCGCUGCCUGUGCUGCCACUCCUAGCACUGAUGCUCGCGCGCCAGGCGGCAGCCGGGAUCUGCUGGACGGGUAUGGACCGCGGCGGGCGCUGCAGCUCUGUGGCCGCGUUGCGCGUGGGCCGCGCCGAGUGCUGCGCGGGCGGCGCGCGCGCCCCCGCCGCCUGGAGCCCCAGGGACCUCGACAGCGGCGAGAUAUUCUUCUACAAGGCGCUAUCUGGAGGGGUGCCGUGCACCGCUUGUGCGGAAUCGUGUGCAGACGUGUCGUGUGGCGCGGGUCGUCGAUGUGUGGUGCGCGGCGGACGGGCAAGGUGCGUGUGCGCAGCCGCCUGUCGUCGAGUAGGCGCCGUGUGCGGUACAGACGGACGCACCUACUCCUCGCUGUGCAAGCUGCGUCGACGCGCCUGCAGGCGGAGAACCAAGCAUCUGACGCUGGACUACCCGGGGCCGUGCCAAGAAGGUAGCUGCGAUCUCGUGCGAUGUGGAGGCGAUAAGCGAUGCGUUCUAGACGCAGAAUUGGGGGCACACUGUGUGAGGUGCGGCUCUUGCAAUGUGGCCGGAUCUCCGGUGUGCGCCGUUGAUGGCAGAACCUAUGCUGGCUUCUGCGCUUUGAGGAAAGCUGCGUGCGAACGCGGCAGAGCACUACCUCUGGCUUACAGAGGUCCUUGUAUAGCGAAUGCGACAUGCGCGAUGAUAAAAUGCGGGUCGGGGCAGCGCUGCAUAUCUGGUGGCGCGAGCGGCGCGCGCUGUGUUUCGUGCGGCUCAUGCGAGGGAGGUCGUGCGCGCCGUCAGCUGUGUGGCAGUGACGCGCGUACUUAUCACUCGUGGUGUCAACUACAACGAGCUACCUGCCACGCGGGCCGCGUCGUCGACCCCAUGCACCCGGGCGCUUGUAAAGGCAGUAAAAACGUAACGGACAUUGGUGUGACUCGACGUCGCGGGAAGAAAGAGAUCGGAGUGGACAUCACCGGUGUCCUAUAAGCAUAGACUUGGGACUGCAAGACUGCAACCGAAUACCACGAAACACAAAAUAAAUGUUGUAAUAGAAAAAAAACAAUAGAAGUCUGGAUUCGGGUGUUAAUAAUAUAGACAAUAAACAUCACAAUGGAGUUGUAUCAGAAUUUGUGAUCUCAGUUUCAACAUGCAAGUAGCAAAAAUACAAAUAAUUUUAGUUUAUUUAAGAAUACGUCUGUUUAGGUAUUGAGAAGUAUCAGUAUAGUCGACUUUUAUUCUACUCUUCACUUUGUUGUCCUAUUUUGAGUUAUCGAAAUAUAAUAAUAAAUUAACAAUAUAAAAUUAUUUAUUUGAGAACAAAAUUAUACGAAUAUACGAAUUUUCAUUUUCAUUUCAUGUUGAAACUAGAGACGUAAAAACAAAAUACACCAAAUUCUUGUCCUAGACUUGUAGAAAAUAAAAUUCGACUCGAAAAUCUAAAUUUUAGGAUA